AUGUCGAUUUCGGUAAGAACAAUAGAAGCGUUCAGGUAAGGAAUGCAAACUGCUAGCAUAUUUUCAUUGUUAAAAAAUUUCAAGACGUUGGAGACUUCGCGAAGAAAGUUUGCGAUUAGAACGAACAGUUGAGGAAAGAAACGAGAGAUAUAAACGCAGAUAUGGAGAAAGCAAAGGUUUUUUUUCUUAUCGACUCCGGACUAUUGUUUCAGUCUCAACUUCUACAUCAAUCUCUUCUGAUGAGGCUGAGAAGUUUUCUCAAGGAGAAAUUGAUUGUAAACCGGAGACUCGUUGCGGAAAAAGUCAGUUUAAUCAUAAAGUCAAUUAGCACCAAUCUUUUUUUCAGUGUCUUUUUUUAGUUGGAUCAAACUAAACUCAUCAGAGACAGAGCUAAAAUGUUCAAAUUAUCAAGAAUCAAAAAACGAAUCUUCUGAAAAAGUAUGUUGAAUUUUAUUUCGGUUUUUUAUUCAUCUCAUUCUUCAGAAGGUCCAAACUUUGAAGGAUGAUCUUUAUGAAAUCGGUUUGUUCUCAAUCAAAAGAUGUUUUGGUCAUAAUAACUCGAUAUUCACAGUUAUUGCCAAAACAGAGCCCAAACCCAUAUUCUACCAAAAUUCGAAGGACUCAACCGAGAAGGUAAUCUUGAAAAUGACUCGCCUAGUUAGUUUCAUCUUUCUUUAGAAGGUCCGUCUUCCGAAAGAAGAUCUUUCUGAAAUGGUUCGGUUGACUAAGCCGAAAGCACAUGAAAAGUCGAAAAAAUCCUCCACGAAAAAAGUACGUUUAAUAGAGAAAUGUUUCAUUAACAUUCCCUAGGAUAUCCGAUUGGAGGCCGAAGUUCGACUCGAAAAAAGUAAGUUUCAUUUUAUUAGUAUUAAUAUUUGUUGAUUCGAUUUUUUUCUGAAUUGACAAGAAAUCGAGAGGAACUCCUUGGAACGUUCAAAGUGCAUUUGCCAGGCGGCGCCACGAGCUACUAUGGAAGAACGGGAAAGCUAAUUCUUUCAUCACAAAAAGGUCAAGGUUCUAUUCAUUAGAGCUAGAAGAUUUGACGUUUGUAGCCUCGAAAAAAAUAAUUUUAAAAAAUUGUCAAUCUUUCGAUUCAUAGAGAAAAAUAAAUUUGUGUAUUUUUUUAUUUUUCUUUCCAAAAACAGCAAGAUUUUCCGCCAUUUUUUUUCAAAUCGAUUUUGCUGAAAAAAAUUUGAUAGUUCACGCAUGUUUAAGACAGUGCUACGGCGGCCGGUGGCUGGUCAAUAUUGCGCUGUCAGUUUCGGAGCGAGUAAAUUUUUUUAAACUUUUUUUCCUUUUUUGCAAUUUGUUAAGGACCUAUUUCUCGAAUGCUGAGCAGGGUAACCCAGCCGUGCUAACACGGGGUCUCCGCGGGUGCCCCCGUAUUAAACCCGUAUAAGCCCAGCUGAUAGAACUUUUGGCACUUUUUAGCCCAACUGAGACCCCGCUUUAGCCCAGCGGGGUUACAUAUUUUUCUUACACCCGUUGUUCCCCCGUUUUAGCCCAACUGAGACUAAAAUAACCUCAGAAACACGGGUUUAAUACGGGUACACCCGCUGAGACACCUGCUCAGCAUGCGAGUUCUCGAGAUUACAAAAUAAGUUACGUCACAAAAAGUACACAAGUUUUCAUUUUAUUACCCAAAAACCUAGCUUGACUACCGUAAUACGACCGGCCGCCUUGAACAUGCGUGAGUUACUUGGUUGCCAGGCGGUAGAAAAUGAAAAAAAAAAUUAGCGAAAUUUGCGUUGGCGAAAAUAUCAAGGCCGCGAAAUCGCGGGCGGUGUAUAUCACUGUGUAUGCAGACUGUAUGCGAAAAAAAAAACCCUUUGACACUAAGCGCGCACCCGCUGGGGUUCUGAUUCUUAUUUUCGUCUUUUCCAUGGAAAUAAAGUUCUGAAAUAAUUUUAAAUUUUCAUAAUACUAUCCAUUGCUCCUGCUUACCUUUUUAAAGCUCUGUUCUGAGAAAUUUUGUACAAAGUUAUGAAAAAAAUUUCCAAUAGAAUUUUUUAUUAGAGCUUUGAAUUUUUUUAAAAGCUGAAACAGCGCAACGAGAAAAAGAAGAACAGACACAGAAUAUAUCAAAUGUAUUACUUUUUUUAAUUAUUUUAAAAGCUAAAAAGAAAAAGAGACACCCCGGGCGCACUUUUGGCAGCGAACACGCGCCGCCUGUGCCUGAGCCGGUAGUCAGCUUUCUAAUCACCAGCUCAGACCUACUGGGGCCAGUGUGGUUUCUACUGCACCGUCUUCGCUGACCAUACUAGACCAUUUUUUUUCACCAUUUUUCUAUUUACAAAAAUGAACUUUAGAAAAUUGAGGGAUAAAAAUUACAGAAAAUACUAUUUUCACUUACUAAAGACGGAUUUUUUAAAUUAAGCUAUUUUUUAAGACUUGCUGGCAUUAGCAACUAUUAACAUUUUUUUUUUCUUAUUUCUUUGUGUUUUAAUCAUAAAUAACUCGCCUACUUUAUAUGGAAAGAUUUAAAAAGAAGAGUUUAUCGAGAAAAGAUUAGGAAAGUUCCCUAGCGAUAUGAGAAGUCGAUGUUUGAAUUUUUCGCUACCUUUUUCUUUUCAUACCACCGCUUUUUCUGUUCUUUUUAAUUUUUUUAAACUUAUUAUUUGUGAUUUUUUUUCUUCUAGUUUGUCUUUUUUUCCUCGUGGCAUGACCUUCUGAUCCUUAUUAGAAAUAAAUAAAAGAUCCCAAAAAAAUUUUAGCAGUCGACCUCGAUUUCGCGGUCUUUGAUAUUUUUUUCGCCAACGCAAGUUUUGCUCUUCUUGGCAUUUUGAGAUUUUUCGAAGUUUCUUUUUCUAGCUGUUGAAGGGGGAUCUGCGCUUAUUAUUUUCUCGUGUUGAUUUAUUUUUUUUUUUCCUAAAAAAAUACUACUAUUUUCGUUAACCUUCAUAAAUAUAAAUUAAAAACGGAGAAUUCAGAUCAAGUUGAAAGUGUUGGAGUAUCGAAGCUCGUAGAUCCUUGUUCCAUUUCUCUAUUCGGGGAAAAUUCGUUGAGCGAGGUGAUUUUUUUCUUUACUGUAAAUUUAACAAUAAUUUUUCUUUUUUUGCAUUUCUAAUGUGAUUUUAGAUUCGAAAAAACUUCAGUUGAUUCCUUUAUCGGAAUCCUGGUGUUUUUUUCAUGAACUUUAGAAUCAUGAAUUGUUAAUUAAAUUCUCAAGAUUCAUUUUUUUACCUCGCUGUUUUUUUCUGUUCCUUAAAAAGCCAAACUAAUACUUUCAUGAGUUCAUGUUAUAAAUAUCAAAUCAAAUGCACUUAUCGGAUUGAUCAAAUUUUCAAGAGAAUCGUUUCACCGAGAAAUGUAAAGGCUCUCGAAGAUCAUGUUUCGGAGAUGAACAGUCCCAGUUCGCCGGAAUGCAUGAUUUCCGGCUUCGACUUGCCCUUCAGCUCUGUCGACGCCGACGAUGAAACUUUGCUCGACGCGAGUUCCUGUAAGCUCUGACGUUUUUUUUUCGGAAAUCUUCAUCUCUGACUUUCUUUUAAUCUAUUGUAGUCCCAUCGUCGCGAUUUGAAAGGGCAUAACUUCUCUCCGCCUUCUUCUCUCUAGGGAACGCUCUUAUUUAGACGUGAUAUUUUCAUGUUCUCUGGGUUUGCCGGAGAGGGAACAAAGAGACGGAGACACUCGAAAAAAUGUCAAACAUUUCAAUUCGCGGCGGACGGACUUGCUAUAAAACGAAAUCAGCUUUAACAGAGUUCCAAAAAUUUUCCUCAAAAAAGUUGUAUAUGUUUAGUUAUUCGUUAUAUUUUUUUUAUUUUUGUUUCAGUUUCAAGAUUUAGAGAUCUAAGUUUAUUAGAGAAAUUAUCCCGAUUUCAAUUUACCCUUGAAAGGCACAAAUUGAAACUUCAAACUUGUUUGGAGUUUUUUCAAAAGUUCGAAAAAAAAAAAUUUUUUUUUCAUUUUUUUUCUUCGGAAGACUUGUUUCUCACUAAUUUUCAGAUGCUGAUGAGUUCUCCUCUCCGGAUUUGGAAAACGACUUUCCGCAAGACUGUUCUAAGUUCUCUUUGGACGACCUCAGUUUCGGAAAGUUUGAUUCUCUUCUCUAUUAAUGCUUUGAACAAGGGGUUAUAUAAUUAUGAAUAUUUGAGAAGUUCAAAGUUAUUUUGUCUAUUAUUUGCAUUUCUCUCACUCCGACACAUUUGAAUAUCGAAGCUACUAAACUUUUACACGCCUGUUUUCUCUCAGAAUGCUCUUGGAAUAUUGGAGAACUAAUUGCACAAUAAUCAUUCAAACUUGAAAUGGAAAAGUUCAAAGUAUUUUUCUUUAUACAUUCUUUUGUUCCAAGUUAUCUAGAAAUUCAGAUAUUUCAAGUUAUCUAGAAAUUCAUCUAAAAUCCUCUAAACUAGGAAUUUUUCACAAACUUGAUUACGCAUUCAAAUAACCAUAAUUCUGUGAAUUGAUUGUACUACCGCAUUCACUUUGUAUUUCCAUUCUGUUACUUUGUAAAAAAUAGUUAUUUACUACAUUGCUCAUUAUAAAAGUUUGAAAAAGAAAGUGGUAAAUUUUGUUUCGUCGUGGUCAAUAGCGGCGCUGACCUCUCCCAGUGUUUGUGCGGAGACGCAGAGGGCUCCGUUUUUUUUUCUUUAUUUUUUGGUUUUCACCAAAUUUUUCUCUGAGUCUUCUUCGAACUCGAGUUUUUUUUUUUCUGGACUGUGAACGCGAUAAGAAAUCGUUACUUUGAUCAGUUCUAGGAUGUCGCAAUUGAACGGAUUUUUGGCUCGUUGUGACCUCGAUGUUAGUGCGCUCGCGUCUUAUCGUUUCUGGGUCAUCCAGCCUAAUUUGCCUUCCUCUCUCGCCUCUCUGUUUUCGUCGAUAUUUUCCGGCUUUCAUCGUUUUUUUUUUUCCUAUAAUAGUAGAGAGAAGAACACUUGUUAGUUUUCUUAUUUUUGCUCCAUCGCCGAUCGUUGCUGUUUUUUAGGAUCCUAGAGAUUAUUAUUGCGGUUUUUGAACAUAUUUAGAUGGCGAACUUUAAGAGGCUCUCCAGUAGUUCAGAAUUAAGUUCAGUGGAUCAUAACAUUUUCAAAGUUACAAGGAUAUAUAAGAUAUUUCAAAAAGAUCUCAUUUUUGGUGAACCGAAGCGGAGAAAAAAAAAUGGAAUUGUAGUCGAUUUUCUUGAAAAAAAAAAUACAUAUCUGAUGGUUUUUUUUAAAUCAAAAUGAUAUUCAACAGUCUUCUGAAUAGAAAGGAAAAAAAGGUGGAUUCUACAUCGAUUUCGAGCGUGUGAGUGUGUGAUUUUGAGCGAGGUCUCCUCACUGAAGCUGAUUGAAAUUCUCCUUCAAUUUCACGGCAGCCACUCGGACGAGAUCGCCGUGCGGCACAAUAUUGUAAGGUGUAACAGCGUCGGCGAAAGGACAAAGUACACAUCUGUCGCUUGUUUUUUCAUUCGCCUUAUCGGGCUUUAUCACGCUCGAGAACGCCCUCCGGCAAACGUGUAAAAGAAGCGCCACUACCCUGCAAUCAUAACUUUUGUGAAUGUUCCAAAGAAUACUUUUUAAAAUGUUUUGCUGCUGUUAUUUUUAACAUCAGCUUUGACCACAGUGUUUUGUAAAUUUUUAGCCCAAAAUGACUACAAAAGAGCGGUUUUCACAAACAUGGGUCAGUCGAUGUAUGCACAAAUGUAGUCAGAAGUCAAAAUUUUAGCAUACACCCACCAUUUUUUUGAAUGAACUCGGGCGUGCGUCGUUUCCCAGUGACGAACUGACUUGAAGACUGAAAAUCAAAAUAUCAUUAUUAUUUUCGCCUUUUUUUUCUUUAUGUGCACUGUAGGAGCUGAUAGAAAAAGGAAAGUCAUAUUACUCAUCGUAUCUUAGAUUUAUUAUCGUUAGCAUUAUUGAUACCAAAAAUAAGAUAAAUCCGUCAUUGUCCACGGAACGCACAUGUUCCUAAUGACAAGCUAAAUAACUCUUCCUUGUGUCUGAAUUUCGUUGGUUCCGGGUUUUCACUCUUCCUUUCUCGAGUCUCAAAGUAUUUCAGAUGGUGGGAACAUCGAAGUUGGGUAGUCCAUUUAGCCUCCCAUCCAGGUUCCCGAGUACCUUCGAACGCAAGUCCUACCUUGUCUAUGUCAGUUGAUAGUAGGGGUUAUUUUUUCAGAGUAACUCAGACAAAUGUACCCAUUUUUGAGAGCUUUACACCGAUGCUCAUUCAAAAAAAAAGAAAAUUGAAACAACACUUGACAUGGGGAGUCAUUUUACCGUUCCUACUGGAACUCUCUACAAACUUGCUCAAACACUCUUUGAUGGACCGGGAAUCGAUCCCACAUAGUGGCUAUCUGCGCAAACUUUUCGUUUUGGAAAUAUGAAUUUUUAAAAGUUUUCCUCGGUUAACACGCGUUUUUCUCUAAUUUAUUUCUGUUUUUUUUUUCAUGAAAAGUCUCUUGAUGCUGUGAAGACCUUUACAGAUUCGAGAUUUUUCUAAAGUUCUCAUAUACAAAGAGUGUAUCUGCCAUUCGGUGGUUUUCGGCGCGGGCACAUUCCUUCACAACAAGGUCACGUGUUAACCGAUGAAAACUUUAAAAAUUCAUAUCUCCAAAACAAAAAGUUUGCACAGAUAGCCGCUAUGUGGGAUCGAUUCCCAGUCCAUCAAAGAGCGUUUCAGCAAAUUUAUAGAAAACUCCAGUAGGAACGGUAAAAUGACUCCCUAUGUGAGCGAAUUUUGCUGCAGUUUUUUCUUCUAAGAUAUUCGGUCGCGGCUUAAAUUCCCAGGUCAACCUGUCGAACGAGAGUUUCUCUACUUGGUAUCAUCGUUCUUUGCAGAACUGGCUGGACAACCGGCUAUGGCCGGUGCGGCCGAUACCGUUCACGGCGACAUGCGCGGCCCUCCUCGCCUACAACCUCCGCUAUCCGACCAACGUCCUGCUCAGCAUUCUUCCGUCUUUUGAAAGUCCCCAUCUUGAGGUUUUCUCUAUGAUAUACCUGCUAACAGUACAGAAUCAUUAAAUUUUUCUUUCUUAAGAAAGUUUUAUCGAUUUUUUUUCGAGUCUAUUUUAUACUUUCUUAUAUAACCUUCUCUGACACAAAAAAAAGGAGACCACAACUAUUUUCUCUGAGCCACAUACUUUGCCGUUUUCACACAGCUAGGUGGUCUUCUUCUUGACAGCUCCUCUCAAUACAAUAUUGUGCAGAAAAAUCUAAGAGCAAUCUCUAAACAUUUUAAAACAGAAAUUGUUGAUUGUUAAAUACGUAAAGUAAACCUUAUCAGUUUUGCACUUCGGUGGCUGGAAAAAGACUACACUUGGCGCUACAACAUGAAUCUCCGGUUUUCACAAACUGAACUUAUGAUUUUUGUCCUCAUGUCAAGCGUAGUCUUCACUUAUUAUUUUCCCUGCCUUCCCAGGACAUUGAUAAGUUUUAUCUUAUCUUCAUGAUUGGUUACGUUUUUGGUCGAAGUUUUUCGUUUGGUCUACCAAAACAGCUUGCAGAUUCUGAAAGCAUGUGCGGUCUCGGUUUCGGUGGUAUACGUGCCGACUUUCAUUCUGCGAAAGGCACUCAAGUACUUUUACUUCUCGUACAAAGGCUUCCUUUUCGAGAAUCCAAAGAAGCCUUCAUUGAGGACUAAAGCGUGGGGGGUCGGUUCAGCAGAAGUGAAUGGAUCAUUAAAAAAUUCCAGUUUGUAAGAUAUCUGCUUUCUUUCGUACCACGUCGGCUCGAGUCUUGUGACAGACUUCUGCCAAAUUUGCCAGUUCCUCCGCUUCAACAAACAAUUCGGAAAUACCUCGACUCUUCACGGAAUCUUAUGCCAAAGGUCGCAUUUGUGCUAUAGUCAUUUUGGUUAUUUCGGUGUUUUCAGGAUGAAUUCGAGUUAGUUGUUGAACAAGCCGAGGCGUUUUUGCUCAACGAAGGUCGUUCUCUGCAGACAUACGCGUGGAUUUAUUCCAUGUUCACGGACAACUACGUCACUCCUUUCUGGGAGAAGUACGCAUAUCUUUACAGUCGGUAAUAGAAAUGUUCGGGGAAAUGUUCUGGAAAGAGUCUGAAGGGCUCCGGUUCUGAUAAACAGCAGUGUCGCCCACUGUGAUCUGAUCAAAGUGCUGGACAUGACCUGUGCCUACCGUGCCGCCCGUAUCAUCUGGAUCGAGAUGAUGUCACAACUUGCCAUCGACCGUCAAGAUUAUAAGGCUGUGAGUCAAACUGGCCAUUUGGUCGAAUUCCUUCUGAGGGUGAAUAACCGACUAAUGAUUGAACUGUCCUUGGACUGGUUUUCAUAUGGUUUUUUUUAGACUCAUCGAAAUGUUUCCACACACACCUCAUUCAUUUUUGGAUUUUAAUGUCAUUAUUUUCGUAGCUGGGCGACGGAUUGCUCUGCACGCGUCACUACAAGAAGAUGUACGCGGUGACGAGAGUUCCUGGAGAGUCGAUCGAUCACCUCGCCAACUACGGAAUCCAGAACUAUCUGGUCGUCGAACUGCACGGUUUCCUGUACAAAGUCCGCAUCUGUGAUCACAAAAACCGCAUUUAUAGCGUUGAGAAGCUCACUCAGUUAGUGAAUUCGUUCCCCUUGAUUAGUGGUUUCCAUUAACUUCACAAUGAAGAUUACAGAAUCUUCGCAGAAUUACUAGCCCGAAACGAAACAGAAGAAGGUCCAUUCCGACGCCUUGUCGCCCUCACACACGAUACUAGGUUUCUCUCAUUAACCGGAAAGACCAAGGGUCGAAAAAUUGUACCUCGUUUACCCAUAAAUGGUAAAUGGCCUGAUAUCGCACAUUCAUGGGAAAAGUUUUCAUAACCUUGUAAUAGAAGGACCUUUUCAGGGCUGAACUUAUUCUGACUUCUGUAGAACAAGUUUGAGUCAUUCACUAUUUUUGGGUAAAGCGCGGUAAACGAAUUCACCACUUUCUUGAACACGGCCUCAGAUUUUUAAGCGCAUUUUUUGAUGUUUAUAUAACCAAAAAGCUAUAUUCUUAUCUCAGAGACUCGUGGCAUCGGAACCGCAAAAGAUUUUUCUUGGAUAAUGCCGUCAACCGGAAAGCUCUGGAUACUAUUGAGAAAGCCGCCCUUUUCAUGACCCUAGACGAAGACGAUACCUACGGAUACGAUCCGGUUGGUCUUUUUUCGUUAUCCAUAAUCAUUUGGGUCCUUAUCUUUCAAACGUCACAGGAAAAUCCUGAGAAACUGUCCAACUUUCUGUUAAACAUGCUCUGUGGGGAUGGAACAAAUCGUUGGGCCGACAAGUCUCUCAACUACAUCGCAGCCAAGAAUUCUCGAGUCAGUCUAUUUUUCGUGAGCUGUCCGACAGAGGGGUUCUCAGGCAGGAGGCACCACGGAGCACAGUAUCGCCGACGGAGCCGAGUUCGAUCACAUCAUGGAGAACUACAUCCAUCUAGAUGCUGUCCAUUUGGAGAUUUUGCCAAGAGAAGAACAGAUCAGACUUGAGACGAUCACCGAUAGCGACAGGAAAGAGUUGAUUUUGGGGGAAAAGCUGGUCUUCGAAGUUGCGGAUAAAGAAGUGAGCCGUUUUCAAUGAACUUUCCACAAGUUAUAAAAGUUUGAAGAUGGUCCCUGAAAUCAACCGAUGCUACGAGACCCACCAAGCUGCCAAAGCAGAUAUCGACGUUUUUUCCUUGAUUUUCAGGCAAAUUUUCCUGGUAUAGCUUCGUGAAUGAAACGAAAUUCAGAGACUUCGGCAAAGGUCGGAUCAAGAAAUGCGGAGUUUCACCAGACGCUUUCGUUCAAAUGGCCAUCCAGCUGGCCAAUUAUCGCGUACUCAUCUCUUGCAUAAACAAACGAGGAAGAUCAUUUCAGGAUCAAGGGAGGUUCGUUCUGACCUAUGAGCCGGCGUCUGUCAGGUUUUUUGCCAACUCUCGAACUGAAACUUUGCGGACGGUGAGCGAUCAGUCUUGUCAAUUCGUCCUCGCCAUGCUUGACCCCAAUGAAACGGUAUCGCCAAUAGGAAGCCACAAGUUAUUGUUAUCUGUUUCCAGAAUGAGCACCGUAUCGAACUUCUGCAGAAAGCCUGCACAACUCACGUUGAAAAGAACAAGGUUGUUUCAAUCCAGAAGCUCUAGCCGAAUCUCCAAUUUGAGGAUUGUAUGGUGGGCGGAGGAAUAGAUCGUCAUCUCUUCGUUCUGUACAUCCUUUCGAAGGCGACCGGCACCUCGAGCGCCUUCCUCGACCACUACAUUUCGCAGCCGUGGCUCCUCAGCACCAGCCACGUUCCUAACGUCACCAAUCAGAUUGAUGAAGACUCCGUCGUUGAUCAUACUUGGCUUGGCGCUUGUUUUGGACCCGUCGCCAAGCAGGGAUACGGUAGGUUUUCGCUAACUCAGUCAGUCCAAAGUCAACUUUUUAGUACUUAGAAUUUUUUUCUCCCUAAAAUCUCUUUUCGGUUAGCGAAAAUAUAGUUAAAAAAAUAUUUCUUCUGUUUUUUUAUUUCAAACUAUUUCAAAAGCAAGUUGUUUUAAAAUUUGAAGAAUUUUCCCCUACUCUUUUUCCUAUUUUGUCUUGAGUUGACAUCAUAGUCGAUUUCUUCAGGAGUCUGCUACCGAUUUGGCGGAAACCACACCAUCUGCGCCAACAUAACGAGCCACAAAUCGGCCUCCAACACGGAUUCGGCUCUUUUUGGCAAGAGACUCGCCCAAGCCUUCCACGAUAUUUCGGCUCUUUUCAAUUGA